AUGCACCUCUCCCAGCUGCUCGCCUGCGCCCUGCUGCUCACGCUGCUGUCGCUCUGGCCCUCGGAGGCCAAGCCCGGGGCGCCCCCAAAGGUCCCGCGAACCCCGCCCGGGGAGGAGCCGGCCGAGCCCCAGGCUUCGGGCGGCGGUCAGAAAAAGGGCGACAAGACUCCCGGCGGCGGCGGCGGCGGCAGCGCCCACCUCAAGGGCGACCGGUCUCGGCUGCUCCGGGACCUGCGGGUGGACACCAAGUCGCGGGCGGCGUGGGCGCGCCUGCUGCACGAGCACCCCAACGCGCGCAAGUACAAAGGCGCCAACAAGAAGGGCUUGUCCAAAGGCUGCUUCGGCCUCAAGCUGGACCGGAUCGGCUCCAUGAGCGGCCUGGGAUGCUAG